GAUUGCGGCUGGAGUUUGCCCCCGAUGAACAGGAAGAUGAUGAGUGAUGCUAGUGACAUGUUGGCAGCGGCGCUGGAGCAGAUGGACGGGAUCAUAGCAGGUUCUAAAGCCUUGGAAUACUCCAAUGGGAUUUUUGAUUGCCAGUCUCCCACCUCCCCGUUCAUGGGAAGCUUGCGAGCUCUGCACCUUGUGGAAGAUCUGCGAGGAUUGUUGGAGAUGAUGGAAACGGAUGAGAAGGAAGGGUUGCGGUGCCAGAUCCCAGACUCCACAGCAGAAACGGUUAUCGAGUGGCUUCAGAGUCAGAUGACAAACGGACACCUACCUGGGAAUGGAGACGUCUAUCAAGAAAGGCUAGCACGUCUAGAAAACGACAAGGAAUCCCUUGUUCUUCAGGUGAGUGUGCUGACGGAUCAAGUAGAGGCUCAGGGGGAGAAGAUCCGAGACUUGGAGCUCUGUCUGGAGGAGCACAGAGACAAGCUGAACGCCACCGAGGAGAUGCUGCAGCAGGAGCUUCUGAGUAGGACCUCCUUAGAAACACAGAAGCUGGAGCUCAUGGCUGAGGUCUCUAACCUGAAGUUAAAACUGACGGCUGUUGAGAAGGACAGACUGGAUUAUGAAGACAGGUUCAGAGACACAGAGGGGCUAAUACAAGAGAUAAAUGACUUGAGGUUAAAAGUCAGUGAAAUGGACAGUGAAAGACUUCAGUAUGAGAAAAAACUUAAGUCAACUAAGGAUGAAUUGACAUCUUUAAAAGAUCAACUGGAGGAGAAGGAAUGUGAAGUAAAAAGGCUCCAGGAGAGAGUGCUUUGCAAGGCAAAGGGAGAUGGCAUGGAAAUCCUUGAUCGAGAUGAAAAUGUUAAAAAGAAGCUCAAAGAGAAAAACAUCGAAGUACAAAAGCUGAAAAAGGCUGUGGAGUCCCUGAUGGCAGCAAAUGAAGAGAAGGAUCGGAAGAUAGAAGAUCUCCGGCAGUACCUGAACAGGUACAAGAAAAUGCAGGACCCAGCGAUUCUGGCCCAAGGCCAGGAUGGUGCGUGUGAGGGUCUGUUCCACUCCAGCUCCAGCACCACCCUGCUGGACGCACAGGGCUGCAGUGACCUGGAGAGAAGCACCUCUUCUGCAUCAGGGCUGGGGCCUCCCAGCAGAGACCUGUUCAACACGAGUGCUCCGGAAGAGUUUCACACCAGCAUCCUGCAGGCUUCAGUCUCGUCACUGUUAUUACCGUCUGUGGGUGUGGAAACCUCUGAAAAGUCCAAGUUGCCUACUAAGCCUGAGGCUUCGUUUGAAGAGAAUGAUGGAAAAGCGAUCCCGGGCGCUGCCGCUGAAGCCGAGUUAUGCGAUGGCCUUUCAACUUCAAGUCUGCAAAAAUCCAGCAGCCUGGGCAACCUGAAGAAAGAGGCAUCAGAUGGCUUGGAUAAAGCUCCAACCGACAGCCACACUUUUGGGACCCUGCCUCCCAAGGUUCCAGGACAUGGCACCUCCGUGGAUGACAACCCCUUUGGCACUCGAAAGGCCAGGUCCUCCUUUGGCCGAGGCUUCUUUAAAAUCAAAAGUAACAAGAGGACAGCAAGUGCGCCAAACCUCGAUCGUAAACGAAGUGCCAGUGCACCCACCUUAGCUGAGACAGAAAAGGAUGCACCUGAGCACCUAGAUUUGGCUGGCACGCCUCGGCCAAAAGGCACACAGGGGAUCAGUCCUUUCCAGAUGCCUCCUUCUUCCCCAGAUUCCAAGAAGAAAUCCAGAGGCAUCAUGAGACUCUUUGGGAAACUCAGGAGAAGCCAGUCGACUACCUUCAACCCAGAUGACAUGUCCGAGACCGAAUUCAAAAGAGGAGGGACAAGGGCAACUGCUGGCCCCAGGCUCGGCUGGUCUCGAGAUUUAGGGCAGGCCAACAGUGACCUGGACAUGCCAUUUGCCAAGUGGACCAAGGAGCAAGUGUGCAGCUGGCUAGCCGAGCAAGGCUUGGGGUCCUAUCUGAGCUCUGGCAAGCACUGGAUUAUGUCUGGCCAGACACUCCUGCAGGCCUCUCAGCAGGACCUGGAGAAGGAGCUUGGCAUCAAGCAUGCUCUUCAUCGCAAGAAGCUCCAACUGGCCCUGCAGGCCCUGGGAUCUGAAGAGGAAACCAACUACGGGAAGCUGGACUUCAACUGGGUCACCAGAUGGCUGGAUGAUAUUGGCCUCCCUCAGUAUAAGACCCAGUUUGAUGAAGGCCGGGUGGACGGUCGGAUGCUUCAUUACAUGACUGUGGAUGACCUGCUAUCCCUGAAGGUUGUGAGCGUCCUGCACCACCUCAGUAUCAAAAGGGCCAUCCAGGUCCUGAGGAUCAAUAACUUUGAGCCAAACUGCCUGCGGAGGCGGCCGUCUGACGAGAACAGCAUCAGCCCAUCCGAGGUCCAGCAGUGGACCAAUCAUCGUGUGAUGGAGUGGCUGCGCUCCGUGGACUUGGCAGAGUAUGCCCCCAAUCUCAGAGGCAGCGGCGUCCACGGAGGGCUCAUGGUUCUGGAGCCUCGUUUUAAUGUGGAAACUAUGGCUCAGCUAUUGAACAUUCCACCAAACAAAACCUUGCUGCGCAGACAUUUGGCCACGCACUUCAACCUUCUGAUUGGUGCCGAGGCCCAGCACCAGAAACGAGACGCCAUGGAGUUACCAGAUUACGUACUGCUCACGGCAACUGCCAAAGUGAAGCCGAAGAAGCUGACCUUCGGCAGCUUUGGGAAUCUGAGGAAGAAGCAGCAGGGAGAUGGAGAGGAAUACAUUUGUCCAAUGGAGCUGGGGCAGCUGUCGGGGAGCGGCUCCCAGAAGGGGUUUAGACCUGGCUUGGACAUGCGUCUGUAUGAAGAGGAUGACUUGGACCGGUUAGAACAGAUGGAAGAUUCCGAAGGGACGGUGAGACAGAUAGGUGCGUUUUCCGAAGGCAUCAACAAUCUCACACACAUGCUAAAGGAAGACGACAUGUUCAAAGACUUUGCUGCCUGCUCCCCCAGCGCCAGCAUCACAGAUGAAGACUCCAACGUUUGACCAGAGCGCCAGGCAAGCACCAGGAGCGUAGAUGCCACUUCCCAGUAGCAUACACCCCAGGUGACAGGUUGUGCAUGGUUUAUUGUUCCGACUUCUGCUCACUGUGAUGCAGGGGAGGGGAUACACCCCAGGUGCCAGCUCUGGAGAUGCUGGGGGAAGCGAGACACCAGUGAACGGAAGCGUGCCCGCUCUGCCUCUGUUUAAUGUAAAGUCUGUGAUAUAUUCUAUUUAAGAUGCCAGCCGCACACCCACCUGCCUCUGACUGUCUCAUUUUUAUAUAUUUUUCUAAAUAUGUGUAUAUAUACAGUAUAUAGAAAACAACUUUUAUUUUGUGACAGGGGGCUCAAAAGAUCCUAUUAAAAACAAAGACGCCCUCAGUUUUUAUGAACAGCUGAUUCCUGAGGAGAUCAGAGUCCUCUUUCCUCCACUGACGAACUUCGCAGUGUUAGCCAUUCAGGUUAAAUUGUACGCGAUGUGCACUUCUUUAACCCCCACAAUGCCACAGAGGCUCCGGCUUCAUCCUCGCCUCCGGUUUGGAUGCACUCAGUUCCCUCAGGAAAGAUUUCAUUAGAAUGACUUUGGAAAAACCAAACCAAAACAGGACCUUUGCACGCCGCGUUUCUCAUUUUCUUCUUUGCUAAAUGCACCAUUACAUGGAACUAAGGAGUCCACCCAGCCAUGUCCACUGCCUCUUACGCUCCUACCGGCAACUGAGGGGGCUUCGUGCUACUGCAGUCAGGAUCCAAAUACUCUGAAGCUGCAGACUGUUUUCUAACGGUUUUCCUGUCCGGUAGCACAUUGCUCAUGUGUUCUGUAACACAAGGCCCAAAAGCUCUUUGUAAAGAAGACAGAAAGGCAUGUGUGUUAUGUGUGUUUUUAGUGGUGUGGGAGACGAUCUGGUUUGCAUUCAGGGUUACACAUAAUGAGAUCAACCAUGUACAGAUAGGAGCUCACACACUGGGUGCAGGUGGGCAGCUCAGUUUAUGGUAAUAGAUUUGAUGGUGACCAUUUCUAAAUGUCAACAGUGUUCCCGUUAUAUACUCAGCAGGUUAUGGAGCUGCUCACUGAGAAGCUUGUAACACGGCUCUUUAUAUCUAACUGCAAUUACCUGACGCUAACAGAGAUGUCCUUUGGAUGCUCUGGUUCAUGAUUUGAUGAUUAUAUUGGCUUCUUCCUGUAUUGGGGUUUUAGUUUAAACGUCAAGUAAAACAUCACACCAUUUGAAAAGCUCAGUUUGUCAUUUGAACCUGGUUGAAAAUACCAGCAGACUGUUACCGAUGCCAAAUAUUCUUUAUUAAGCACAAUGUAACAACCGAUGAUAUGUGAUAAAGUUGAAAACUUCUGAUUAUAUAUUUACAAAAGUAUUAUGCGCUGUUGGCAUUACCGUAUGAAAGAAAAUAAAGUCAAUUGAUAA